AAUGGCAUGGUAUAGAAUUAUUCUGUGCUUGUCCUUCCAUGGUAUUAUUGCAAUCAGAAAUGAUAUUAAUUUGGAAAAUCUUUUGGACCGAAUGGAAACUUAUGAAAAGAAAAUAGCCAAACUUGAAAUGGAGGUUGAAAGGAUGUCUGUAAUUGAGAAAGAAGCAGCCGAAUUACGACAAAUAGUUAAAGGUAAUAGUCGACAUCGAAGAUUUCUUUUGAAUGAAGGUCCUGGUGUGGCCUUCUCUGCCUACAAAUCGGCAUCCUUUGACGCAACGUCAUUUGGCCUUAGACAAACGUUCAUUUAUGACCAUGUUGAAUGCAAUGUUGGAAAUGGUUAUGAAAACUUCACAGGUAUUUUUCGACCAUCACUUCCAGGGACAUAUGCAUUUACAUGGACAGUAUGUGCGAGCGGAAGCGUCAAUAGUGAGAUCGGAGUGGAAUUAGUGAUCGAUAAUAAAGUCCACGGAAGUAUUUAUGUUGAUUCCGAAACGCAUGCUGAAGAACACUGUUCAACUGGGUUCGUCAUACAUACCCUCAAAACUGGAGAUGUAGUUUACACCAGAUCACAGGGGGCAGGACACGAAGGUACCAUCAGAAGCGAUAAAUAUACCAGGACAACAUUCUCAGGAUGGCUUUUGUUCUAUUAAAUGUGAAAACAUAUUGCACUUAUGGUUUACCAGUAUUUGUAAA